ACCUGACAGCUAUUGAGCCAGGACUGCGAGACACCCUCUUAAACCUGACACUGACGGCACUCGCUCCCAAAUUGCAGACACUAGAUACUCUGGGAUUCAAGCUUUGGUUCCAGGUCUAUCUCCCGUUAUUCCUCCCAAGCAUUCAUCCUGGGACCUUUUCCRUCAUCCCAAGGAAUAUCAGCUGUGACUCCUAUAGUGCAAUCAUCAAGGGGUGUGAUAAUGUGAUCACUAGGUUGUCGCUGAUCCAGUCCCAGCAAGUCUUCAUGUUCACCAAGGAUUAUUUGACAGGCCAAUCCAUUGAAGGAUUCUCCUGUGUGAAGACUGUGAGAGAUGACAGGGAUUGGCUUGAAAGCAACUUUGGACAAUUCCGGGUCUAUGCUUCCUAUGUGGACUUUGUGACCCUGAAGAGKGAUUUCAAUGGAGUGAAAGCGGCAGAUCUCCUCACUCCAAUCCAGCUGGCUCAGCUCGCAACGAUUCCCUCCCAACUUGAAGGGGCACAGGGUGUCAACAAGAUCAUGGCAGCCAUCAGUCCGGCUAACUUUGGAUUGUUCUUUGACAUACUCUCACCUGCCAUUCAGAAACACAUGAAGAACUACACAGAAGAGGUGAAAUCAGCGUUCCUCCAGGUGGUGUUGGACAGCGGGAACCUGUCCUCCACUGCCAUCAACGACACACAAUUCCUUGUUUGGCUCAGGGUUCGGCUGUACCCCCUCUUGCUGAACCUAUCAUCCAAUCAAGUGACACCACUCUUCCGCAUCAUGAAGGAUAGGGGCUGCAACAGCAGCCAAGAAGCAAUCUCAUUAUUAGACACUCUGCGGUCUACACUGACUAAAGACACACAGAGGGAAAUCUACAGCAAUACCUUACUCCUCCUGAAAGAGCCAACGCCACUGCGAUGCUAUGUAAACGGAAGUUUCUACUCGUUUUUGAGAAGCACGUUCCUUGGCUUUGGAUUCCCCGACCUGUCAAUGCUUUUCACGCUYAUGCCAGACACACGCCAACCUGAGCUCCUGAAUUCCAUAACCUCCUCUGAGCUGAGUCAGUUCCUCAGUCAACCUGACGUGGUUGGCAACGGUUCCAAMAUAUGUGCUGUCUUCAACAACUACGCCAAGACGCCUGUCUUCCUGGAAACGGAGGAUGUCCCUGAUGCUGUGAARCAGCUGACCCUUCCCUGCGUCUGGUCUUUAGCUCUGAACAGYGGCAAUAGGUCAGAGGUGAAUGCCUGGUUUGACGUCAGACUGAAGAACUACUUGAGGUUCCUUACCAGGAGCCUUGUCAGCUCAUCUAAAGUGCAAAACACCAGCUGUCUCGCAUUCCAGAAACUAGUCUCAGUCCUUGGAAGCGAUUUCAGCUACAACAGCUCUGACUUUGCACAGAGUGAUGUGUACAUCACCAUUAAGUCUUACCUUGGCACAGGUGGACCUAGGUGCUACAGCGCAAACGACCCAGAGCUGAACUCUACCGCCUGGUUUGUGAACUACAUUGGUGUUUUUGUGACCUACCUCUCUCUGGAGGACCUCAACACCUUUGUUACCGCGAGUCAGAUCAAUGUAUUCUUGGAGAACCAGGCCAAUAUCAAGCUCUUCAACAACACGGCUAUACCUGCUAACGUCACUUCCUACUACAUCACACAGCUAUACACACUGAACCCCACGUUCAACCCUCUGCAACUGCCUGGCUUCUUCCUGUGUGAGGUCCAAGUAUACGGCCUAUAUCUCCUGGGCCCAGACAGCCAGUAUGGAAAUCCUGGACCGUCUGAAGCUAUUCUGCAAUGGAACUAAAGACCCGCAGGUAUCUGCUGCACUGGUGGCUAAUUUCCAAACUAUCACGGGGAACACCCUAGCAACCAUUGGGAACAGCAGCAGUGGCCUGACGACCACCCAGAUAUCCUCCAUCUCUUCCUCAGUACUUGUGUCGUCCCUGGCAACACUCGGCUCUGUGAGCGGCUGGAACCUGGGCCAGGCUAGUGCAGUCAUCCAGAGCAUCAUUACCGGAGGCUUCCAGAUCGACACUGCCUCCUCGUUGAUGUCGUUGGGCACACUCAUUGGGGGCAUUCCGUCAGCGGCGAUAGCGAGCAUCCCAGCCACUGAGCUGUUGACAGCAUCCCAGAGCUCUGUGUUUGUCACCAACAUGCUGGCUGCCCCACAGAUUGUACAGGAAACCUACGUCAACAAGAUAAUCACCAUCAACCAAAGCCCCARCGCGUUGGUUGUGAACGUACCUGAUGCCAUGGCCACACUGAUCCCCAGGGCUCUCCUGACCUUCUCYCAGGAACCUGUGGACGUGCAGGUUAUUAACAGAAAGACAUGGAAGCAAGAGCAGGCUGUUAUAUUCUUCGGGAACGUAGCGAGCAACGCAAGCAUCGACUCGGAGGAG